CUUCGCCGUGCUCAUGGACCUACGCGGAGCCCUGUCACGAGACGAACGGUCCACGCUGCCCCUCAGGGUCAUCACCUGGGCAGGUUGCAGCGCGUCCGUUCUCUGCCUCUGCCUCUGCGUCACUGUGUUUGGCUGCUUCAGGUCCCUCCGCAACACUCGCACAUCAAUUCAUCUGAACCUGUGCAUCUGCCUCCUCGUUGCGGAAGUUGUCCUCAUGUUCGGACUCGACCAAACCAAGCACAAGGUAGAGAUUGCAACCAUCUGCAACGAACUGAUCUACGCUUUUUCAACGCUUGCUGUCCUGAUAGAAGCGGGUUACGUGAAAUCGCCUUUGUGUUCAGCUCGAAAGCUCACUGGCUUCUUUUAUUCUCGAGAACACGAUAAGAAGUCAUCUCUAAACAUAAAAAGUGGAAAGCACCACUAGAAAAAAAAUGUUAUUGCACUGCACUAACUUCCAAAUUUGCGUGCUUUUGUGACCUGGCAUCGUCUGUCAUAAAGACACACAGUCACCAUGCAUUUAGAAAUUCAACGCUAACCUAUAAAGCUUGUGUGCUCUCAAGGUUAAAAGAUGGCGGGAAAGCGCACACCUACAAAUAGAAAGAUGUCCGUGUCGUAGUAUCUUGUGCUUAUACUUUUCGUACAUAGCGUGCAAUACAGCACUCUUUUGCGCACACUUCCUGAAAGCACGUUGUAUUAUUUUUAGUCCUACUGAGGGAAUUAUUACAUUUAGGGCCAUGAAAAUUAAUGUGUGAUGUACUAAGUUCGUUCCUUGACUUUUAGUCGAGCGGAAACGUGCGCAGUCGUGCACUAGCGAGACCAGGUGAACAUUAUUUCUCUUCGGUACAUUGCAGUCACGCGGAUAUAUGUGGCACUUAAUAUGUUGU